UUGACGUCACGUGAGCCAUUUGUACGUUAUUACAUGUUUUUGUCUUGAGAUGUGAGAAAACGUCGUAAGCAAUCUGAUUUCCGUCGAGAAAGAAGGGAAAAUACGACAGCAUGGGUGGAGCUGUGAGCGCCGGAGAAGAUAACGACGAUCUGAUUGAUAACCUGCGGAAUGCAGACUACAUCAAGUCAGACCUGGUUGAGGAGGUUUUUCGUGCAGUAGAUCGUGGCGACUACUAUCAGGAUGAGUUUCGUGACAAUGCCUAUAAAGACCUGGCGUGGAAGCACGGCAACAUACACCUAUCUGCCCCCUGCAUCUAUUCAGAGGUGAUGGAGGCACUGCAGUUGGAGGAAGGCAUGUCGUUCAUGAACCUGGGCAGUGGAACGGGUUACCUCAGCACCAUGGUCGGACUGGUAAUAGGUCCCUAUGGCAUAAACCAUGGGAUUGAGCUUCACGACGAUGUCGUUGGUUAUUCCAAGCAAAAGUUGGAUCUAUUCAGACAGAAAGGAAAGUUCUUCGACUGCUACGACCUGUGUGAGCCGAGAUUCGUGAAGGGCAACUGUCUCCAGCUAAAUUCGGGCUGCCGUACGUAUGACCGGGUUUACUGUGGUGCGGCCUGCCCUCCGGAGCACGAGAACUACAUGAAGAACCUUAUCAAAGUUGGUGGCAUCAUUGUUAUGCCACUCGAAGAUCAGCUGGUUCAGAUAAGGAGAGAAAGUCAGACAUCUUGGGAAACCAGGAGUGUGCUCCCUGUGUCAUUUGCAACCCUUGUAUCACCACCCAAUGACAAUACCUUUGAAAGUCUGGAGCUGCCGGAGGUGGCGCCACUGUCUCUGCAGGAAAUCGCCCGGUUUCGUGUGAGGCAGUGCAUUCGAUCCAUCAUAACACAGGAGAACCCGGGCCUGCAGCUGCACAGGAAGAAGAAGAAGAAGAAGCAGCAGCGCCGGCGCCGACUAAGGAAGCUCAUUCUUCCGAUUAUGGAAGAAAGCGACAAUGAAGGAGGUGAGCAUCCCAUAGGUGGUGCAGGCGGUGUGGUUGCUAUGGAGACUGACCAGCCAGACAGAGGUGCGGACGAGAGAGAGCCAAGAGAAAGACGACGACGGCGUCAGGGGCGUGAGAUCAUAGCCUGGCGCGAGUCGCUGCCGGUGAGUCUACUAGCCGCGACCGCCGCGCGCGAGAGGGAGGGCGAGAGAGGAGAGCGCGGCAGACGGGAGAGCAGCGAGGAGGAGGAACAUGGUCCGGGUGACGAGCGUGAGCAGUCGGCGGAUAUCGACGAACAGGCGCGGUCAGGGGCGAGCGGCAACCUUCAGGAGGACGCCGUGACUAGCAGUGUGGAGAUGGACGACCGCGAGACGGCUGAAGCCGCUAACAAAUACAGGCGCACGAACGGUAAACGAAAGCCGACCAACGGCAAGGUCCGUGCGCGAGAGGGCGACCCACCGCAGCUCGCGGCCCGCCAGAACGACGCGGCGAGAGAGAACGACGCGGCGAGAGAGAACGACGCGGCGAGAGAGAACGACGCGGCGAGAGAGAACGACGCGGCGAGAGAGGACAACGCGGCGGGGAAGGGCUACGGAGCGAUGAAAGACGACGCGACAGAGAGGAACGAUGGGGAAGAGAAGAACAACAGAGCGGGGAAAGACGACGCGGCAGGUAGAAACGACGGAGCGGGGAAAGCCGACGACGCCGCGGGAAACGACGAUACCGCGUUCCACCCCGGAAGCGAUGACGCAUCGAGCGACGCGAGCGAGCGGAGAUCGGCACCAGAGGGCGCUGACGCAGCGGCGAUGGAGAGCGCGCACAGUAGCGGCUCGGGCAGCCCGUUGCAGACGUCUAUGAUGCAGCGUAUAUGGCGGGACAUUCGCCAGCACGCGGCACACUCCCUCGUCGAGCCGUCCGACUCCGAGGACACGGACCCGCGUACGUGCAGCGACGACGACGACGACGAUGGUGGCGGCGGCGGCGGCGGCAGCGGCGCAGCGGCAACGACGACGGGAGAGAAUGAGUCGUUCUCCUAUCUCAUGAGCCACAAGAUAUACAGCCUGCCGAUUCCACUGGCUCUCAAGCAUUACCUGAACUUUCACCGGGAGUUCAGCGGUCGUUAGGCCGCGUGGGUAGAGGGCGUGUGAGUCGGCAUGAACAUAGAGGAUACGUUCGUAUGAGACAUUUUGUAGACAUGAUUGUGGUGUCGGCGAUCGAAGGGUUGUUUGUGACGUGGCCGUGCUUGAAUGUACUAGAAGGAUGCUGUGAUAUUCCUUCUGAUGGAUGAGUGGGAUUUGCAUGACUUUGAUGUAAAUUAGCGUGCUAGUUAUGAGUGUUAUUAACUAUCCGGUUUGAUGGGACUAGUCACGAUUGUAUACAGUGAGGAGUUCUGACAUGGUUUUAGACGUCACUGUGUUUAUUCCUUUGUAUAAAUGGAAUGAUAGUGUUUGGAAGUUUUUGCAUGUGAAAAAUUCACGAGAAAGGUGAAGGGUACUUGCAACGUGGUGGAAGAAUUUCUCUGCAUGAUGGUGGCAAUUACUAAUUGUAUAUUUAUACGUUAUGCGUUGUAGCUUUAUAUGAUUGUAUAUAAAUUGUUGUAUAAUAUGUGUGAAUUGAUAUAUUCAGGGCAGGUAUAGGCAUUGGGUAAAUUUUUCUUACUACAACAAUACAGAGUUUCGUUUUGCACACAUAGAGUUUUUAACAGUUGCCUGUUCUAAAUCUAAUCUACAAAUUGAGAAGUGGCAUCUGUGCCUAUAGACUAAUUAUUUGAUCAUUUAUUCUUUUGUGGAGAUAUGCGAUCACGUAUCGAAAAUUUGGGUAACCAAGGGGUUGAAGCCAAUGUGUACAGCCGAGAGAAAAUAGGUCUUUACUACUAAGCUGUAUAUAAUAACAAUGUUAUUAUAUACUGUUCAGUGAUAUUUAAUAAAGCACGAAUUGUGUUACAGAUCUAAGCAGUGGCAGGAUUAGGGUGGAAAUACACGUGUGGGCUUAUUUUAUAUUUAUGUUGAAUAUUCCCAAUUUUCAUGAAUUUGAAAAAUAGUGUAAGCUGUCGUUUAGCUGCAUUACAGCAUAGAUCUAUAUAUAUAAACACAUAUACGUUUGUAUUUGUAUCUAUGGUUACGGCAUUCGGUCUGUUAUGGCGCUGCCGGAAAAUGUUCAUAAGCGAAAUAUUCGUCGGUGUACAGUAGGCAUCAUUAGCUCACGUGAAAAACUAUGUGCCUUUGUCACACGAUCGGAUGUGGGAACAGGCGUUUCAUUUGUACGUGGAAAAUUGGAAUCGUUCGCGAAUAUUUGUACAGUCCGUCCACUUUUAUCAGCGUGCACAGCACUCGACCACUUUGUAUUGCAGCUGCUCGCUCUCAUGUAAACAAGAGAAUUUCAUAAUGAAAAGUCGCAUAUCCGUGCUGGCAAGAAUAGUGCCGGCGUCAUUACUGAAUGCCACAUAGCAUAUCUGAUAACAGGUGUUAGCGCAAAGAUAGUAAGAUAAAUAUCUAGUGUCAAAGAUGAUUUAGUAUUAUUAAUAAUACUAUCACUACUACUACUAAUUAUAAUUAUAAUUAUAUUUAUAUUAAUAAUUACAAUCGUCGCGACGAUUUAAUUUGAAAUAAAAGUUUAAUUUGAAAAGUAGACGGGCGCAAAGUCGUUCGGCUCGCGGUCACCUUGAGCGUUCAAACCAUAGAAAUAAUGUAAGUAGAUAUAGUCUCUCUCUAUAUUUCUAUGGUUCAAACGCUUCGUCGGUCGAUCGUCCAGCACCACGGCAACGAGUCCAUCUAUGUGUGAAAACCCCGACAUGGUGGUUAGUUUGAUCACAGAUUUACUCGCUAAUCUGUGGUUUGAUUUUGUUACAAAUGCUUUGAUAUGCAACGCGGCUGCCAGGUCUAAACGUCGGCUUGUCGGACGCUGGUGUCUAUCUAUCGCUCUUCGUAGACGUAUAGCCGUGAAGCCUGGCGUGCGUUGUUGUGCCGAUUGGCGUGGAUAUUCGUAUAGAGUCGUGAUAUAUGUGUGUCGUAUUUGGAAUUUGGCCAGAUUUAGAAUUCGUUAAUCGAAUUCUUCCCUUUGAGCAAUUGCCGCAUGUUCACUGGUGGCCAUUUUCAUAGUAAUAUAUGUAUAUAUAUCAAGUAUAUAUAUAUGAUUUCUCCUUCUAGCUAUCUCUUUCUCUUUACUAAUAUCUCUCGCCGCACUCUAACUAUAGCUCUGCUCUAUCGUUUGAACUAUAUAUAUAUAUAUAUGUUUAUGGGUGCGAUGGGUCGCAUGUGAUCGCGUCGCAGCGAAUACGUGGGUGAAUCCGUGUUAAUGUAAUAUAUGAACAACGCACGGCACUAUGAUAAUAUACAGAUGUGCCGCGUUAUUACGGAGACCACGUAGCUGCUGCAAGCAGUAGUUGGUGGAUCGACGUCGCGUAGGAGGACGUCGCGUGAGUGGGUGAUGCGGGGAGACGGAGAUUCUAAACUCCCACCUCCCACCCCUUACACACGUUUGCACGGAUGCGUAUGUUAAGCGGACACACGAGCGCAUCAUUGAGUGAAAGGUUUAACGUGAUCGUCGCGGCGAGUUCUCUGACCUUUCUGGCGGAAUGCGUUUAUUGAUUGUCGGCCGACGGGUUGCAUCGUGGAGAUUAAUGCGGGCGCAUCCCUGCCUUCUGAAUGAGACGGACUCUUAGUAAUGCAUGUUCGGUCUGUCUCGCCUGUCCGCGGCUCACUAGGAAUAAAGAUUCCAUGCGAAGCAAUCCCGGGUCAAUAAUAGCGCGGAAAUACUUGAUCCGAACGAUGUAAUGUAAGAUAAAUUGACGGAGUCUAAUAAAGAUACAGUAAACAUAA